CUGAUCUUACAGGUCCCAGCCUGAAGACAUCUUUAACUCCAACUCUCUGAAUAAUUGUAUUCGUUCUAAGUAAUAUACAGCGGAUGAGAUGUUUGCUGCUGCUUUCUUCAUCUUGUCUUUGAUGACUUGUCAGCCUGGGGUAACCAUUCAGGAGAAGGUGAACCGGAGAGUAAGUCGGGCCGCUCCGAGCUCCAGUGCCUCGGCAGUUAGCUGUCAGCUCAGCAACUGGUCGGAGUGGACAGACUGCUUUCCCUGCCAGGACAAAAAGUACCGAUACCGGAGCCUCCUGCAGCCAAGCAAGUUUGGGGGAGCCAUCUGCAGUGGCGAUGUCUGGGAUCAAGCCAGCUGUCACAGUCCCACAGCUUGUCUAAGGCAAGCACAGUGUGGACAGGAUUUCCAGUGUAAGGAGACAGGUCGCUGCCUGAAACGCCACCUGGUGUGUAAUGGAGACAAAGAUUGUCUUGAUGGCUCUGACGAGGAUGACUGUGAAGAUGUCAGGGUCCCUGAAGAUGACUGCAGCCUGUAUGAGCCCAUUCCAGGGUCGGAGAAUGCUGCCUUGGGGUACAACAUUCUGACCCAGGAAGAAACUCAGAGUGUGUACGACGCCAGGUAUUAUGGGGGCCAGUGUGAGACGGUAUACAACGGGGAAUGGAGGGAGCUUCGAUAUGACCCUGCCUGUGAGCGUCUCUACUACGGAGAGGAUGAGAAGUACUUCCGGAAACCCUACAACUUCCUCAAGUACCACUUUGAGGCCCUGGCAGACACUAGACUCUCCUCGGAGUUGUACGAUGAUGCACGUGGCCUUCUUUCUAAAGUAAAAAAUGACAAGUCUGUGUCGGCCGGAGUGUCUGUUGGUGUGGGCCCCGCAGGCAUCCCUGUAACAGUGGGCGUGGGUGUAUCCGGGUCACGAGACUCUUCGCUCUCGAAUGAGUUAAACAAGUAUAAUGAGAAGAAAUACAACUUCAUGAGAAUUUUCACAAAGGUGCAGACUGCUCAUUUUAAGAUGAGGAGGGACAAGAUUGUGCUGGAUGAAGGCAUGCUGCAGUCAUUAAUGGAGCUCCCGGAGCAGUACAACUACGGCGUGUAUGCCAAGUUCAUCAAUGACUACGGCACUCACUACAUAACGUCUGGAUCAAUGGGUGGCGUUUAUGAAUAUAUCCUGGUGCUCGACAGAGAAAAAAUGGAAUCACUUGGUAUUACCAGCAGAGAUAUCAAGUCAUGCUUUGGAGGUUUGGUAGGCAUUGAAUAUGACUAUUCAGAGAGCAUAACAAUUGGAGGAAAGUUAUCAGGGGAUCAUUGUAAAAAGUCUGGAGGUGGCGAUACUAAAAGCGACAUGCUGGCCAUGGCUGUGGUGGACAUCAUUUCUCGGGUGCGAGGUGGCAGUUCUGGCUGGGGCGGUGGCUUGACUCAGAACAGAAGCACCAUUACAUAUCGUUCCUGGGGGAGGUCAUUAAAGUAUAAUCCCGUUGUUAUUGAUUUUGAGAUGCAGCCCAUCCAUGAGGUGCUGAGGCAUACGACCCUGGGGCCCCUGGAGACCAAACGCCAGAACCUGCACCGGGCCUUGGACCAGUACCUGAUGGAAUUCAACGCCUGCCGCUGUGGGCCCUGCUUCAACAAUGGGGAGCCCAUCCUUGAGGGCACCAGCUGCAGAUGCCAGUGCCCCCUGGGUCGCAAGGGCUUCGCCUGCGAGCAAAUGGAGCAAGAGGGAGCCAAGGCAGAUGGUCGCUGGAGCUGCUGGAGCUCCUGGUCUGCUUGCAGAGCAGGCACCCAGGAGAGGAGGAGAGAGUGCAAUAACCCCGCACCCCAGCAUGGAGGCGCCUCGUGUCCAGGGUGGAAAGCGCAGACGCGGGCUUGCUGAGAGCUUCUGGGCACCGAUGCUGCGGAUGUCACCCCCUGUACUGACCGCUGGAUAAAGACUUCUUUCAGAUGAGGGAAAAUGCAAAUGGACAUGGACUUUUUCUCUGUCCUGCCAGCUCCUGGGCCCAGGACGAGCCUGUGCCAUCUACCACCAACUAACUAACUGCCCUAUUCUCGAGUCAUUCAACAACUGGGUGCUGGGCGUUAACUAGGGGCUCGGUCCUAUUCACAGCACUUCAGAUCAUCCAAAAAAGCCAAAACCCAAGAGAGAAAUCUCAAUCCAUGCUUUAGAGAGAUUUAUAGGAUGUUAAAGGUAUGAGGCAAACAGAUGCUAUUGGAACAGUCAAUGGCCAAUAAAACAAAGUGUGAUGAGAAUUAUUUCAGUUCUUUGAGUAUAAUAUUUGUUCAUUCAUAGAACCAUGACUAGUUGGUAGAAAAAGCAGACACACUGAAAUAAUGAGGAAAAAAAUGAAGACUGACUUGGGUUCCUUCAAUUUUCCUUCACCUGGAUUCAACAAUAUUUUCCUUUAUUUCCUCAAUCUCUCUUAGUUCUUAUCACAAAUAACACAUUUCCCCCAGUUAUCAUCUCACGGCACACUACCUUUUCCUUCAUUGCAUUUUUCACAAUUAAUAAUUCUAGAUUGACUGCCAUAUGUCAUGUGACUAUUUAUGACCUGUCUGCCCUGAGACGGUAAUCGUGAGAGAUUACCUUUGUUUGGUUCAGCACCGUAUCUGAGGAGGCCGGCGCUGUGCUUUGAAUUGGGAGGGACCUAAUAAGCAUCCUUGGAUAAAGUGAGGGACUGAACUCAAGAGUCAGCUCAAAAAUGUGGUCCAUAUUGGUCAGCUCCAGAGACUGCAGCAUGGAUCCGAGAGGCCAACCAAUGCUGAUCAGUGUACCUUCCCUGCCACCUGUGGGAGAGCCAAUCACACCAGCCUGCCUCAGUAUCCGCACAGCACUCCAGUCAUGCCUCAAAUAGAGAAUGUGUUGUGUUGCACUGACUUUUCUGUUUGCCUCUAAGUUUCUCCCAUAGGUUGGUAGCUCCUUGGUGGUGGAAUCUACAUUUCCAAUAGGGACAAAAAAAAAUCUGUUGAAUUGAUAUAUACUGGUGUUCCCUAUCUUUUAAGAAUCCUCAAUCUUUUUACAGUAAUCAUAAGACAUAUAAACAUGAAAAAAUUAGAAUGGGUUUUAGGAACACCGGGAAUUAAUUGCUGAGUUAAUGCCAAAGCAAGUGCCAAAGGAGGCCAGGUGGGAGAGAGAUUUACCUUCCCAUGUGUGUAUUUUAUAUAUGGAAUGGGGCUUGACCCAGACCUUGAAGGAUUACAAACUAGGUAAAGAGGGAGGAGGCCUUUAAGACAGAAAUUCAACAUGUAACAAAAUUUGAAGGUGAGAAAGAACCUUGGGGGGGGGGGCGU